AAGAUAUCGGCUCACAAUAAUAUUGUGAUCACAACGGUAAAGUCACAUUCCCAAAACGAAACUCGUGCAGUGUUGCAAAACUCCACCUGCCAAAGCGUCCUGCUUUGCCAACACUGAUAAAACGGCACUUUUUUCUGGACGGAGUUUCGUGGAAACUUACUGCGAAGUUUAAUUAUUUUCUGAUAAUUAAAAGAAACUGCCGCUAUGCCAAGGACUCAGAAAUCCUGUGCUGCGGUCAACCGACUGAGCGUGACCAUCAAGACGCACGCGAAUUCGCAAUCGCAGCUGACCGAUCUGCGGAAGAAUCUGAACGACAAGGGCCGAAUUCGCGAGUAUGUAGAAAAGCUGCUCGGCGACGAGAAGCACAUGGGCUCCGUGCUGGACACGAUCUCGUCCACCGAGGAGGAGAAGCACCGCCUGGCCACCGUGACCGGCUGGUCCACGGUGAGCAUCGCCAACUGCGCCGGCGUUUCCAAUGCGUCCAUCUUUCUGGCCCUCAAAUGGGUGCUGAUGCCCGUCAAGGUGGAGAUAUUCGACUUCAAGCGCAGCGGAACGGAGGACCAGAUGGCACGUGGCCAGUUCCUGGUGGACAGCCAGCUUAGCGCCAAUCGCCUGAAGCGCCUGCAAGGGGAGGUGGCCGUACUCUACACAUGCCAGAAGAUCGAGAUGCAGGUCACUCCAGGUCUGCCCAAAUCCGUGAUGAACGCCAAGAUAACUGAGGGAUUCACUACUGCCAUGCAGGCGGCCAUAGAAUCGCGCUAUGAACUGGCCACACGCACCCUAGAUCUCUCCCGAUUCCACGCCAGCCCAGAGCUGGCCCUGCAUUUCUGUCCGCUGCAUGUGGUCAAGCUCCUGGAGAGCGCACUCGUCCUCACGGGACUCGUAUUUCCCGACGUGGCCGGCAUUGUGCUGAGCAACAACUAUUUGUGCUCUCUAAAAGCCUUCGCCGGUAUUUCCCAUAAUUUUGCGCGCCUGGAGCGCUUGGACAUAAGCGCAAAUAGAAUCAAUGAUUUGGGCGAGCUGGUCUACCUGAAAAAUCUGCGUUUCAAGACCCUGUUCCUGGCCGGAAACGGUGUGGCCAAGCUCAAGGCGGAGGAGAUUCGAGAGGCGCUGCCCCAGGUGCAAAACGUUCAUGGUUGCGUGCACCCGGAGGAAAAUAUAAAGGUCGCUGAAAAUCUUCCCAAGUAUCAACGCCAUCAGGGUGAAGGAACCAAGGGCCUUCAGUUCUGCAACGGCUUUAUCAGUUCGUAUUACAAUUUCUUUGAUGAUCCCGAACAGCGCUCCCAACUUAAGGAGUACUACGACGACCACGCUAUGUUCUCGCUAAGCGUGCCCGGUCAACUGGACAAGGUGUCCGCCUACAAAAUGUACAAUAGAAACCAGAAGCGCCACUACUCAUCCUUUGCUCACAAUGCCAAGCUGCAGGUGGACAACGCUGCACUGCUUCUCGCCUUGAGCCGCUUGCCUUCAAUGCUGACGGACCACCAGAACGCUGGGCUUGACAUCCACGUGUUCACCGCGAGCUUGCGCAUCUUUACUCUGACCGGAUACUUUAAGGAGAUCACCUCCGAUGGCUGGGAACCGAGGCACUUUCAGCGCACCUUUGUACUGCGUCUUCUCAAUAGCCCAGGAUGGCUAAUAACUAACGACAUGCUCUGCAUAAUUUCGCUGAAGUCGGAGCAGAAAGAGCCCGUUAAAUUUAAACCAGAAGUAACCAAGAUAGAAAAGGUUGCCUUGGUACCAAAAAAAGUUAACCGUCCUGCCGUUAAGGGGAUAACCAUAAAAACAAAGGCUCAGAAGAAAGCAUCCCCCGUCUCCUCUUUGAAUAAAGAUAUGGAUCCCCUGUACCAGGCGGUGGAGAGUAUGUCCUUGCAGGGUUCCAAGAUGGACGUUCUUCCUAGCGAGAACUUUGAUGAUAUGCCACCACUGGUUGCCAUCGGUCCAUUAGUUACCAAUCCUACCGAUACUUUGGAACAGGAGAUCGAGGACACUUUGAUGUCUGAUGAGGAUGCCUUUGAACUGGUCAUCGAUGAGGAUGUCCUAAUCGGAGGCGAUGAUUUUUAAUGGUUUUACAUCCAAAAACAAUACAAAAAAAA